AUGCGAUCCGCCGUGAAGGAUAAUGGAGCCGCCGAUCUCCAUACGUUGCAAGAGGAGCUGAAGAAGCUGGGUAUCAGUGUCGUCUCUGGUCGUCAGGAUACUGUCAUCUCCGUCAAGAUUAAGGGUCUCGCUGGUCGUGCUUUGAUUCGAGGACUGAAACUGGCCGAUCAACUCCUCCAGGAGAAAAUAAAACAUGCCAUCAAAGCGUGUACUGAUCCAGCGACAAAAUUCUUCACAGAUCCGACGUUUGGACCUUGUAGUAGUGAUCCAGAUGGAGCAGCAGCAAUAUGCAAAGCUGGGGGAGUUAUUCCGUCGAAAGGGGGAUCGCAGCAUCAAGCAAAGGUUAUCGGACUUUUGCAACGAGGGAAAAUCCGCUGGGAACGACCAAUUUAUGCCCCGGAUAACGAGGAGGAUGAUAUUAGUCCACAGGAAGACGAGGACGAUAUUUACGCAAUGUCUUCUAGUGAUAAUGUUUUCGCUUCGAAUGCGACGUUGUUUGCUGAUGGAGUAUCAUCUGGAGACGUUAUUCAGGGAAAUCUGGGCGAUUGCUGGUUUUUGAGUGCAUUAAGCGUGGUUGCGACACGAUCCGACCUACUAGCGCAGACAUUUUGGCGACGAGAUCAGCACAAAUCAAAAGGGUUGUUUGUCUGCAAAUUUAUGAAGAAUUUUGUAUGGAACUAUGUUCUUAUAGACGAUCGCUUGCCUGUCUUCGGGUUUACUGACAAGAAGCCAGGGAAGCCUUAUUUCGCUCGCUGUCGCAAUCCGAACGAGCUGUGGGUAUCACUGAUAGAAAAAGCAUAUGCUAAGUUGCAUGGAAGCUACGAGGCGCUUAUCGGAGGCUUCAUUGAUUGUGCUCUGAACGACCUAACGGGCAUGUGUGCAGAGCAAGUGAUUCUUAGAGAAGGGUUUCCUGGGUUUGGUGAAAAUCCUUAUACCCCUGCAAAACCGCAGCAGAAACACGGUGACCCGUUUUGGGAGAAAAUUACACGUUACAAGAAUUCUGGAACUCUGAUGGGGUGCUCCAUUCAGCCACCUGUAACCUCAACGAAAGAGGUCGCAGUAGAGUCAAGCGCUGGAAAUGGUUUGUACUUCAAGCACGCAUAUGCUCUCGUGGAUGCUGCAGACAUUAAAACAGCGAAAGGGGAAUAUGUUCGAUUGGUUAAACUACGAAAUCCGUGGGGAAUGGGAGAAUGGACUGGGCCUUGGUCAGAUUCCAGUGAUGAGCGUGCAGCAAACGAGGACGCUAUCGAUAAAUUCUUCAAGAUUAUGAAGCGUAAAGUUGGAGCCAAUGCUGAUAAGAGGGUGUUCAUGACUCUCAACCCUCAAGGACGAGUUGGCGCUGAUGAAAUUUCCCAAGAAGAGGUGAUCGAGAUCAACGCAAAUGACGGGACUUUUUUCAUGUCGUUUGACGCGUGGAUGCAGUCAUUUACGCAUUUCUUCGCUGGCAUAGAUUUCCCGGAUUCCUGGCAUGGUCGUCGGUCAGAAGGCAGCUGGAAUGAAGCCAAUUGUGGCGGCAAUACCACGAAAAGCACGUGGAUAAACAACCCGCACUUCGAGCUGAUACUUGAGCAGCGAGCUCGAAUUUUUGCGUCUUUGAGUCAGGAAGAUCCUCGUGGAAGUGAGAAUCUCAAGAUUGUUCCAGUAGGUUUCCAUAUCUGCUCACUGAGUCCAGUUGGCAAUGACCCAAACAAGUUCGAGAUCAGAGAACCUACGAAGAAACUCGAUGCGUAUUAUCGAUCGUAUAAACCAGUGGAUCGAGACAACUAUAUGACUGGCAAACGACCGGAACCUCUUCCACCGGCAAUCAUCCCCGGAACAGUAAUACCCGGAAUUGAUGAUGACGGCGUUCCACAAGCUGCAUACACAUUUAAACAGGCUGUUUCGGUGGAAGCUACCAUGGAACCGGGCAGAUACUGCAUCAUUCCAAGCAUGUACAUGAGAACGGAUAAAGUUACUGGAAACACCAACGUUGGUAACUUCUGGAUCUCGGUAUAUUCAGAUAAGCCUACAUUUCGUUUGGAAGGUGGUGAGAAAAUCGUCGAGGAAGAAGAAGGUGAUGAGGAAACUCAGACUAAUGGCAGCCAGUCCUACAAGAAUUUGAACGCCGGUGCGACCACGUUGACCAGACAGUUUUCUUCUACCAAUUCAAGUAGGAAAUCGGAGACGAUUGUGGCAACAGGAAACGCGGUGGCAGCUGAAAAGCGACGGAAUUUUGAGAACGAGAAAGAGGAACUGUUGAGGCAAGCAAAACGCUACGGAAUCGGACUUCGCGAAUUAAGAACUGCGUUUGGUAAGACACCGAAAGUCUCAAAAGCUGAAUGCCGACAGAAAUUACAGAAACUUGGUUUCAAUGUUGCAAGUUGGGAUGAUGACAAGAUCGGAUUACUUUUUGGAGGACUGGAGGAAGGACCGACGUCUGGAUUGAUUCAGACUGAUCGAAUUCUAAAUCUAUUCACUCCAGAUAUUCAGGAAGAGAAAAUGGCGUGUGAACUUCCAGAUAUGGAAGAAGAUGGAGAUACUCCUGAUAGUAUACAUCGAGAAGGUAUUCUCGAGAUCGAACUGCACGGGGCAAGUGGUCUAGCAGUCGGCGAAAAACGACAAUCUCUUAUUCAGCGUAAGGUUCCGAUUCCUACUCCUACGUUUUCAACGUCACAAAUCUCUCUUCGUCGCAAAAUUGCAGCUGAAAUUUUGGAACGAGAUCCAUCAAUGGCUUGGUAUCUCCGCCAGUUUGCGAAGAAGUCGACUUUGUUGGCAAAUACUCACAAUACUUCAAAGCAAAACCGCGACGGAUCUGUGCGGUCUCAGUUGCAUAUUCCAACUCCUGUGGCUGCGUUUUAUGAACUACUGGAAAAGGAGUAUGCGGCUCGGAUUAUAUCCCGCUGUGACGUGGAGGAUGAACUUGAGUACGUCGUUCCUGUCAGUCGUACGCCCAGUUACUCGAAGAGAGAUGGAAUAUCACCAUUCUACCCUUCACUAUCUUCUAAAAGCGCUCCAGAGUGGAAUCUACCCCCUACGCCUUUAAACGAACUAGAACUGCAUAAAAGCAGCCGCAUCCGAGACCUCGAAGCUAAACGAUCAACCAAAUUGGCGUUGUUACUUCAGCACAAGCAACAAGCACUUGGAGAUGCGGAGAAAACUGCCUCACUGCCUCGUCUAAUAGGUGGCAGGAAGAGUGGCUCGAGUCAUGUCAAGUGUAUCGAUUGUGGAGCUCGUGUACUAGUUGGAGGACGGUCGAAGACAGCAACAUCACAAGAUAUUGAUAGUUGCCCGUGUAACGGAGCGAAUUGCGUCAACGUAUUCUGCUCUCCAUGCUACUCGCUGCUGCCUACUAAAAGCAAGCUGUGCGAAGAAUGCUACCAACACGAAAUAUCUCCUGAAGAAAGGUUCGGUGAACAACUUCGAGGUGUAUUAAUCGAGAAAAUCGGCGCUUCGGACCAACAACGUUCUCAUCUUGAAGAGGUUUUCCGCUCUUUUGAUGUUGACGGAUCGGGUUCAUUGAGUCCUCAAGAAUUCGAGAAAAUGCUCCAGUUGUUGAAUAUCCAACCUACUCUUACUCAGAGACAAAAAGCGUUCCUUGUUGGCCAGUUUGACGCAAAUGGAGACGGUGAAAUUAGUCUGAUUGAGUUUAAACACUGGAUUUUAAGAGACCACGUUUGGGUGGAAUCUGUAGCGCCGACAAGCCACAAAACUAUCCCUCAUACUGCGGAGGUUAUGAGUACUGUUAUUGCUCCUUUGUGCGAAGAGAUUAUAGAUUUAGCCUACAACGCCUAUGCGUUCAGCUCAACGAUUGGAUCGUGGUCCCGUUCGAGUAGUAGCACAACGGAAUGCCAAAAGAAGACCCUACAAAGUGGAGAAACGGGUGUUAUUAUCUUUCAGCGAGUUAUCAAGCUCAGUGUGACGUCUGGUGGGGAAGCGAAUGUAGCAGAAAAAGUGUUUGAACAAGUGGAUGACGACGGGAGUGGAAGUAUUGAUCAGUUCGAGUUCGUUGCGUUGCUGUCAGCGUUGGGUAUUCAUUUGAAUUCUGAAGAUGCGGUCUUACUCAUGAACCGCUUCGGUGCCGCGUCCACAGGAUCGGGAAGGAUUACUAUUGAAAAGGCCGCUUUUAUAGAAUAUGUUGGGCAGAUGAGUACCAAAACGUUUAGUCGAGUUGGAGAUGGCAGUCUCGACAAGAUUCUCGUUAAGUUAGCUGAAUUUGCUGCUACGAACCCUGUCGCUCGUGAAAGUCUUCAAGAUGAACUGCAACAACUUCACGAAAAUAUUACCCAGAAGGAGUUGCUAAGAAUAUGCAAAAAUCUCGACGAGAAAGCAUCUCUCAUUGGCGGUGUUGAUGAGUUAAGAUCCCUCGCCAUGAAUCUUGCGUUUGACCAUGAAAUGAAUGCGAGCAAUACCGAAAGAGAAGGUGCUGACCAGCAUGGUCCAUUAAAAUCAAGUGGAGAUAUCCUGGCUAGGAUGUUGCUAUCAGAAUCGGGAGAUUUGAUGAAACUUGUGAGAACAUUUGACGUAACAUCAACCUGCCGCGAGCUUGCUUCUCACUUACAGAUACGCAGUGGAACAAAUAGUACUAGAACUAUUUGGAAGAGUGUAUUUGGUGCUGACACCACUGAUGUCGUUCAUUUACGUGAUUUCAUAAGCUGCGUACUGAAAACUGGAUUCCUGAUAGAGGUUCAAAAUGAACCGGACAAGCUUGGUGUUGCGACACAUGAUCGUCUUAUUACUCCACUCCUGCUCUCGCUCGCGGUUGAUGCCGUGCGGACUGAUUGCCACGUGCUAUCAACAUCUCCAGAAGCCAGUCCAGUGAUUAGCUUCAACUUGUUCCGGUUGAUCGUGCGUCUCCAAAAAAUCAAGGAAAUCGAGCUUAAGUUUGAUCAUGCACUGACAAACUUCAUGCAAUUAUGUCAAGGAGAGCAACAGUAUCUCGUGACGAUUGCGCUUGAUGCAAGCCGGAAUCUCGUUGUCCGAGCAGGAGAUCCAGUAUUCAAGUUUUCUGCUGCCUUCGAGCUUCGUGAAGAUGAAUUUGACUACCAGAAUCUAAUUGCACAAUUAGGAUCCGCUAGCUUUGAGCGCCGACAACAAGAAACACACGAAGUUUCCCGAGAAUUGGCAUUCGCAAAGGCGCCAUACGGUCUCAUUACAAGCGAAUUCCAGCCAGAACUUAAUAACUCAAUGCUUACAAUCAUUGAACGACUGCGUGCAGAACUUAGAUGUCGGCAUCACUCAACUACGUCACAUACUUCCCGACUUCAUAUUCUCAGUCUGACAAUGGUGGAGAGCGAAGCAUUCGUAUCGACUCUUCGGAAUUUACUGUCGCUGGUCGAAUUGCCGUUCUUCUGGUCUGUAUCGCCUCGAAGUUUGGUGUUUUCCAUCGACAGUGAAUAUCUAGAUCAACAGAGCAAGCCCAGUUUCCAGCAGCUGGUCGCAGAUACACUUUCACUGCACGGAUCUCAAUUACCUCCGCCGUUGCGAGCUCUAGCUACAUUUGUAGCGCAUACAGCAUCGUCGCUACUAGUUCGCUAUGAAGUUGUGGGUAAGUACACCAACGUUGAAACUAGUUGGCAAGAGUUUCAAGAUUUCAUCUCAGGACAUCAAAAUGCUUACGCGGUUAUGGAGCUUCAUCCGCAAGGGUCUGUGCUUACGACUCGUGUGGCUCGAGCGAGUGGAUCAGGAGCUGUGCAAUGGAAUUUCAAGACACAGAUAAAGAUGGACGAACCCAAGCUAUGUGACCAUCGAAUCGACCGACCAGUAGUUUUCACGGAUACUGUCAAAGUCUCGUGUAUCCCUGGAAGUACUGAGAACAUUAAUCUCAUUAGGGGGGAUAGUGAAGGCCCUGGUCAUUUCGUGGUGAUAAGUGUGCGAAGAGCACUCCCUAAUGGCUCUGACUUUCCGAAACCAAGACUCUACUGCACAGCGUAUGACCCGCUUACUUCAUGCGAUUACGCGGUUGAAGGUUAUCCUUCCGAUUGGUCUGUAGAUUUCUUCGAUGUUACCGUCAAUCCGUCAUUCGAAUCUCAGUGGCAAACAAUGCUCGAUAGUAUGCGUCUUGGAGUGACUAUUACUCCAAAACUCGCUAUUACGGUCUACAACAAGCAGCCUAAAACGGACAAAUUGAUUGGAGAAUGUGAAGUAUCGAUCGGAUCUGCAGUCGUUCAAGAGGGACAUAUUUUUGAAGAACGAGUCGCACUUCGUCCUCCAGUAAUGAAUCCAACAUCAGCUUGUGCUGGUGUGACUUCUUUGACAUUUCGAUUUGACGUGGAGAAGACGUCGAGUAUUAGAGAAGACGUGGUAGCGGAAAGGAGACAACAGGAUACAGGUACUCGAGUGCCAAUUAAGCUUGGAGCACAAUAUUUGGCUGGCGAAAUUGUGACACCACGGACGGAAUCAGUUCCGGACAAUGGCAACGAUAGAGUAAAAGAGCUACAAACCUCAAUGACUGCGAUGGAGAUGUCAAAACUUGAAGCGCAAGAGCAGGUUAAACAACUAAAGGCACAGAUUCAGCAACUGUCAUACGCCUCGAACAAGACAACAGAAGACAAUGCAGAAAGGUGGAAAAGGAGACUGGAACAGGCGAGACAGGAACAGUUUGCAGCUGAGGAACAACAUGCAGCAAGAUUGGCAGCUCUUCAAGAAGAAAUUCGUCACUUGAGUGAAGAAACCCAAAAGCAGAAGAACGCACAUCGCGAGGCAUCAAACUUAAAAGACUGCAGACUGUCAGCUGAUGCGUCAGCAUACGAUAUCUUCUCAUCGAUAAGGGAGAUCCUAACGAGAAGGUGCCCUGAGCGACCUUACAAUGGAUUGAAGAAAGCUCUGGCUGCUGAAGCGGAAGUGCCCGGGAAGGUAACGUUUGCUGUACUCAAUGAUGUCCUCGGCGACUUUGGACUCGCGCUUUCAUCGGAUCAACGAUCAACUUUGGCAAAUCUCUUCGACCCAGAAAUGGUUGGUCGCGUGAACAUUGAAGAUUUCUUUAUCAACCUUUGUGGUGACGCCGAAGCGUACGAAAAGGUCCGAACAUCUCGACUGCAGUUGUCGACAACACCGGAGUCGAGCAGCCCAGUUGCAGAAGACGUCGCUGUUGUAGAAUACCCAGAACCUAUAGUUUUCAGGCCGACGCCACCAGCUCAAAGACCAGUGUCUCCAACAGCCUCUCCAGCGCGAACUUCAAGUGUGCGAUCUAAAAUGAGCUGGCAGGAUAUGAAGAAGUUUCUUGUGCUUAACCUUCCAGAAGGUUGGGAGACUCGGUUCACCGAAAAAGGGAGACCAUACUUUUGCAAUCACGCUAAUCGAUCUACACAAUGGAAGCAUCCACGACCAGAGAUCGAGACGAUCUUCAGUGAGUGGGUACAGGCAAAUGGUGCUUUCUUCCACCGAAAGUCUGUAUCAGCACGUCCGUGCAAGCAAAAGUAAUGAAAA